AUGGAUAGUCGUCCUGCCCCCCCAGGGGCUGGCAAUAGCGGCGGUUCGGGGUCUGGUUUUUCUUUUUUUUCUCACUUCUCUCCCUUUUCUGUCCAGCAGCGACAAGCAGCUCACGAGAUUCUCCCUGGUUUGUUUUUAGGGUCUGCCGUUGCUGCUCGUAGUGCUUCUUGGCUUCAUCAGAAUGGCAUUACUCACGUGCUUUGUCUUCACAAUGCUGCUGCAGGGCCGCAGCAGCUGUUGCAGCAGUUGCAGAUGCAGCUGCAGCAACGUCGAGAAAUCCUGAAGUUCAACCCGGAAACGGAGCCGACCAAAGUACAGCGGCAGCAGCAGCUUUUGCAGCAGCUGCAGCAGCAGCAGCUCGUUCAGCACCUGGCGGUACACCCCGACCGCUAUGUGUAUUGCUGCUGCUCCAUUCUCGAUGCACCGCAGGAGCUCAUGUUGCCUCUUGUGCCCUUUUGUCUGGAGUUUAUAGACAAGGCCUUGAGCAACCGCAAUUACCGCAUGCAUCCUCCUGAUGAGCAGCAGCUAGCAGCAGCAGCAGCAGCAGCAGCAUCAGGUGCGCCUCCAGCAAACGUCCGUCUGAUGCAGAGCCGCCGCCGCAACCACUGUUUCAUAGAGAAAGGAACCAUAUGCAGCAUGCUGUCCUCCCUCGAGGACGAGUUUAUACAACCUGGUGCUGCUGCGGCAACAGCAGGGGAUGCGGCGGCAGCGGUAGCCCAAGCAUCAUCAUCAGCAGCAGCAGCAGCAACAGCAGCAGCAGUAGGGGAGCCUGCGAGGAAAGUUGUGGGGGGCCGCGUGCUGGUGCACUGCGCUAAAGGCAUCAGCCGCAGCGCGUGUAUCUUACUUGCCUUUCUUCUGUUCCGCAAAAGUUUGCGGCUCGAUGAUGCAAUUGCCUUUCUUUCGAGAAAGCGACCUGUGUACCCUAACGUCGGCUUUCAGGUUCAGCUGCAGUACCUCCAAGACAGACUUGAGGAGGUGCGGCCCGCGCUGCCCCAUAACAUUGAGCUUGAUGACCAGCAGCAGCAGCACCACCACCACCACCACCACCAGAAGGGAGCAGCAGCAGGAGCAGCAGCAGCUCACGCUUUCGAUGCGACUGUCUCCAUUGAGGAGAGCGAGCCCGACAUAUUCAGAAGAGACCCAGACGCCAAAAGCCGGCUAAGGGCGUUCGUCGCCUCCUGCAGUGGCGAUCUGACUGAGGCGGACUUGGGACGUUUGAUAACUAAGACCCCGCUGCUGCAGCAGCGGACUCUCUGGCGACCGUUUGGUCUCUUUUUUGAGAACCUCAGGUCGUACCAGCUGCAGCAGGAGGAGACAGUUCUCAAGAAGGCAGAAGCCUGUGCGCAGAAGGCAGCAGAGCUCAAACUGGUGUUUGCUGCCACGCUCCCCGGUGUCUCCAUGGCGGACAAAGUGGCAGAUGAGAUAAAGGCCUGGGUCUCCGACUGCCGCGCGGCAGCUGCAGCAGCAGCAGCUGCUGCGAAAGACAAAACCAGAAACAGCAGCCCCUCUGCAGAUGCACCAACAGGUGAAAUGGAGGCAGAAGAUAGACAGAGAUACUUUCUCAGCGAGAAAGACGGAGAUGGUGGCAAACACUCAAAGAAGGCCGCCAGAUGUAGCCAAAAACGCAGCAGAAGCAGAAGCAACAGCAGCAGAAGCAGCAGCGGCACCGAGAGGAAUGCCGAUGGUUCGAUUUCCAAUGGUUUCAACAGUAGCAGCAGCGGGAAUGGAUUGAAGCAACCACAAGGAGCCUUGCUUCCAUGGCAACAGUCUUCGCACAAGCGCCACCGCAGCACUAGCAAAGACAAAGAGAGAGAGAGAGACAGAAAUAGGGAAAGGCAGAGACACAGGGGCAGGUCAAGGGACAGAAGCGGGGACAGAGACAGCAGCGCAGAGAGGAAGAGGUCAAGAAAGAUGGCGAAGAAGAAACACAAAGACAAAAAAAAACACUCGAGCCUCCGGCUUAGACUCAAAACCCCCAAGCCGAAGCCAAAAACGUAUAGCAGCGAUAGUGAAUGA